AUGGCUCUCACAACCCUACUCGCCACCGCGAGUGUCCUGCUGAGCUAUGCUGGCCAUGCGACAGCUCAGGAUGUUGAUACUAUCGUGAUCAAGGGCUCGAAAUUCUUCUACAGCGGAAACGGUACCCAAUUCUAUAUCAAAGGCAUUGCUUAUCAGCAAGACUUUGUCGCAGGCCGCGGCGAUGCUACAACAACAAACUACAAUGAUCCGCUCGCGGAUGCCGAUGGCUGUCGACGAGAUAUCCCGUACCUACAGCAGCUCUACACCAACACGAUCCGCGUGUACGCUAUUGAUCCCGCACAAGACCACGACGAAUGCAUGGCACUCUUGGCCAAUGCCGGAAUCUAUGUUGUCGCCGAUCUUGGUGCUCCCUCCGAGUCCAUCGAGUCCAAUAAUCCCGCUUGGAAUACAGACAUUUUCGCGAGAUACACUAGCGUGGUCGACGUGAUGGCGAAGUAUUCCAAUACUCUUGGAUUCUUCGCCGGAAACGAAGUGGUUAAUCAGCCAAAUCAGACCAUAGCCGCACCUUUCGUCAAGGCUGCAGUCCGAGACACCAAGGCAUAUAUCAGGUCGAAGAACUAUCGCGCGAUUGGCGUGGGCUAUGCGACCACCGACAACGUGGACAUUCGAGAGCCACUCGCCAAUUACAUGGACUGUGGCAAUCCCGAUGAUGGCGUGGACUUCUGGGGUUAUAAUGUGUACAGCUGGUGCGGAGACUCUUCGUUCGAGAACUCGGGAUACGAGGCCAGGACUCAGGAGUUUGAGAGUUACAAUGUUCCCGUUUUCUUUGCCGAGUACGGAUGCAACACAGUGCAGCCACGAACUUUCGGAGACACUCCCGUGCUCUAUGGACCACAGAUGGACUCUGUGUGGUCCGGAGGCAUAGUUUACUUGUAUUUCCAAGAAGCAAACGACUACGGCCUUGUCUCAGUCGACGGCGACUCUGUCUCCACGCUGGAUGACUUCAACAACCUCCGUUCUCAGAUCGCGACAGUCUCGCCAAGCGGCGUCAACUCGAACGAUUAUAACCCCACCAACUCAGCUCAGGCCUGCCCAACUCAGGACGCCAGCUUCAGCGCCGUGCCAACAGUCUUGCCUCCUAGUCCGGACACAAGCGUCUGCGAAUGCAUGUACAACUCACUUUCAUGCGUAGCCUCCGACGAGGCCGACAACUCCACCUACGCCGAGCUCUUCGACUACGUUUGCGGCAUGGGCGGUGAUCUCUGCAACGGCAUCGCAGCCAACAGCACGACAGGCACUUAUGGCGAAUUUGGAAUGUGCAGUCCCCAGCAGCAAUUGGGCUAUGUGCUGAAUCAGUACUACAGCAGUCGUGACUCGGCGUCUACGGCUUGCGAUUUCUCGGGAUCUGCCACUCUCCAGCAGGCUACGAGCGCGACUGGAAGCUGUGCUGCUGCUUUAUCUUCUGCAAGCUCUGCUGCUGGUAAUGGCGGCGGCGGCGCAUCUACGAGCGAGGGUGCAGCUGCUGGUGGUCAUGCUGUGAGUGGUACUGUGGAGUACAUCACGAUGGCCGUUUUGGUGCAAGUUGCGCUCAUCUCGGGCAUUGGGAUGAUUGUGCUUUGA